GGUGAAAACCUGCUUCUGUAGAUUAUAAUAUGCUUUUUUAAAUAACGUAAAGGGUACCCAGGGACAGGCCAGGGAGGAUUUUACCUUUGGGGACUGGUUGGUUCCAACGAUGCCCAUAGCAGAACUGCUGGGGGUUCAGUUUGACAUGCAGCUUCUGGGGAAGCUGAGUGUAUCCGUGGCUGCGGUUCUGUUCAUCUCCUGGGCCUUCCGCUUUUACACCUCCAGGACCAGGGUGACCAGGAAGCCCCCCCUCCACGACCCGGCCGCCCUUGCCCGGCCCUCACAUGAACCGGAAUCCCCUCAGAGCGGAACAUGCCGGAACUGCAAAGCCCCAUUGCGACAUCAGAGCGCCCCCAGUGACACCGGAGAUGAAGGUAAACAAAGCGAGGCCUCGCUGGUGCGCGCCGGCAGUGAUGACUUGACACCCGAGGACACCAGCACGCUCACAGGGGAGGGACAGCUGGCCCAGAUCGUAAACUCCCCAGGGUUGACAAACACAGGCGAAAUGGCGGAAUCGCAGGACAGGAUCAACGCUGAUGAACACAAGAACAUAGAAGCUGAACACCCCCCAUUCCACCUCCCGGAAACCGAGACUAACAAGAGCAGUGAUUCUGACCAAGAUACUGAGAACGGGUCUACACUGAAACUGCCUGGUCAUAGUGACAGCAGGGCAGCCAGCCCCUCAGGCCGGAGGUCCCCUUGCUUCCUGCAGAGGUUGGAGGGCUGUGUUGGGGUCGGGGUAGGCCGAGAGCUCAGGCAGAACCUGGACCUCCAGGGGGCCCACUCCUGUUUCCUCUCCAAGGCUGAGAUCACAGUGGAGGACGCCCAUCUGGUGCUGGAGGGACGAGAGGACCAGAACGUCAUCCGAGGGAAGAUCUACGAAUACUACGUGGAGUCGUCCUCGGUUACAGAAGCCACCCCUGGGAUUGGUCGGCAGGAGCGGGGGUCGCAGGGGUCACGGGGGUCGCUGGACUCGCCGUCGGGGGAGUUUGGAAGCCGGGGGAGCAGUCUCUCUGAGCCUCCUCCGUCUCUGAGCCCCAUCGUCAUGAGGGAUCUGGUUCUCACCCAGAACGUAAGCGAGGCCGAGGACCUUUUCUCCCCCGCCAGCCCGGAGCCCCGACUCACCGACAGGCCGGUGCUGCUGCGGAAGGACAGCUACCUGAGCGCAGCAGAGCUCUCCGAGUUCCACAUCCCCAGGCCGGCCCCCAGGGCCUCCACACCACUGAAGCCAAGCCAGGGCCCUCACAGCGGGGACACCAGCCCCGCCAGCCCCCUUAGCCCCACCACAACCACCUCAGACCCUAACGUGUGGGAGGAGCCCAGCCUGGAGACGGUGGCGGGCGCCAGGUUCCUCCACCCACCCACGGAGAACUCCUCAGAAGAGGAAGGCAGCAUGGUGGGGCGGCUGGAUCUGGGCAACUGCAUGGAGGUGCUGGCGCUGGCCAAGAAACACGGCCAAGGCCACCUGCGGCAGGCGGCGCUCCGGGUCAUGUCUGACAACUACUUCCAGGUCCUCAGGGACCCCGGCUUGUACGGCCGGCUGAUGGCAGGGGAGCGGGAGCAGGUACAGAGACUGCGGACGAGGGGGAGAUGUUUCCUGGUGGCAGCCGACAUGGACCCCCAGGACUGGGGAAGGAGCGACGGCUCUCAAGGGUUCGGAGCAGGCCAGAGGACAUCCAGCAGGCUGUACUACUACGAUGACUACCAGGACUCCUGGCACCCGCUGUGCCAAACACCCCAGGAAGUCGUUUCCAAAGGCUGCGCCAUGUGCACCAUGGACAACUACUUGUUUGUGGCGCUGGGCUGCCAGGGCACGGACAGGGAGAUGAAACCUUCAAAGCGAGUGUUCUGCUACAACCCUGUGACGUCCAUCUGGAAGGAGAUCAGUCCCAUGAACGAGGCCAGGCCCCACUGCAAGCUGGCGGCCCUCCAAGGCCACGUCUACGCCAUCGGCGGCGAGUGCCUGUCCACCGUGGAGCGCUACGACCCCAGGAGCGACAGAUGGACGUUCGCGGCGCCGCUGCCCAACGACACGUUCGCCGUGGCCCACCGCGUCACCGUGUGCAACGAGGAGCUCUUCGUUUCCGGGGGGACCCUGAGGUACACGCUGCUGCGCUACAACCCCAGGACCAACGCGUGGAGGCGGAGCCUGAUCGUGGGCACCAAGGAGAGGACCACCGAGAUGGUGGCGGUGAGGAGCUUCCUGUAUCGCUUCGACGUCAACCCCAUCCUGGGCAUCAGCGUGUACCGCUACCACACGGGGGCCCGCCUGUGGUAUGAGUGCUGCUCCAAGCGCAUGCUCCACUGCCCCGCCUUCCAGUGCGUGGCCGUGGACGACACCAUCUACUGCCUCAGCCGCCAGUUCACCAUGAGGUUCCUGGCGGACGAGACGUCGCCGGCGUUCGUCGCUGACGACCUGAGUGUCCUCGCCGAGGCGAAGGGCGUGUUGUUUCCCGUGGUCCUGUCGCUGCCGGAGAAGAGGACCCUCCAGACCAGCGUGUAAUCAGACAGGGGUCGUUAGAGGACCACAGAGGGACCGUCUGCUCUGAUUGGGUUUUACUUUCGCGGCUGAAGGCCUUCUCCUCCUGCGGGUUGCCAGUCCUACAGGGAGGCACAGCUGCCCUAAUCAGGGGCGGUGAAAGUAAAAUAUUAAGGCCAUUAAUGGUAAUUAGAUGACUGCUUGUUUAGAUUUAUACAGACAGCGCCGCCAUAUAAAUCCAGUGUGUUGGUGGAAGAGCUGUUUGUUCCUUGUGGAUCUGUCUGCUCCUCCUUUCCCCAGCCCCUCCCUCCCUCGCUCCUCCAUCCCUCAUUCCUCUCUCCCCCCUCGGUUCCUUCAUCUAUCAGUUCUCUCCUCCCUCCAUCACUCCUUCCUACCUCUCUCCUCCCUCUUUCCCUCUUCCCUUCCUCAAGCCUCCUCCCUAUGUCACACCUCACUCCCUCUCUCAUCCCUUUAUCUCUCCUCCUUCCUUCCUUCCUCCCUGCACUGUAGUUACUCCUAAAUCAAAGAAAAUGUGCUCUCCUCUUUUGACUGUGGUGAAAAAUAAUUUCCAUUCAUGCUUUGGAGCACAGGAAGUGACACAUUCGCAAUCCAUUGAGGGCCAUGACAGCAUAGCAGCAGCAUCAUUCUUACAGUGGACUGGACUCAAUACAAUUAUCCACUUUCACUCUAUAAAUAUGACAUGAUUGUGGCUCACUGUGAAAUAUACGUGAGCUACUAAAAACUCAAUGUCCUCUCUACUUCUGAUUCCCUUCAAAUGGAGGAUUUACAAUUUUGCUGCAGUUUGGAAUAAUGCGCUGGAGAUCAAUGAUAUUGCAUUGCUUCAACCAGUAAUUUAAAGUUUGCUUUUUAACCAAAUAACAAAGUUAUUUUCCCAUCUGCACUAAAUAUGCAUUGAAACACAGUAAUUAAAAAGUAAGAACUCAUCUGGUCAAUGAAAGUAAUGCUUGAAAUAACUCAAGGCUUACACUUAAGACAUACAAUAACAUAACAUUGAUGCGUUGUGGCUAACUGGAAAAAUGCAGCACAACCACAAAGCGGAUUGGUUUGUUAAUCAAUGCUCAUUAAUACCCCUGCAUAGACAAAUGGUCUAACUGUUUACCCAAUCAAGUUAUAUUUAGUUGUUGUCCUUCUAAAGUAAA